GAGAGGAGGAGCAGGCGGUGUGCUGAUGUUCAGCAGGUUCCUGUGAGGUUUCUCGCUUUCUCUUCACUGUGAACUUGUUACUCCUCUCGCCUGGCGGGUUGACAAACGAGGUGACAAUGGCCGACGAAGAGGAGGGGGAUACCUACCGGGAGAUGAAGCUUUUUCCACAGCUUUGGCCCCGCCACAGGUGCCGCUCUCAGAGUGAUACCUCCGGAUUUCGAGCUAGAGUUUUGUUCAAGCUCCGGGGAGCCCGCUCAGUUGAGGGAUUGGAGAAAUCAACAUCUCUGGCCAGCUGCGACGUGGCGGUGGACAGCUCUGCCAAUGCCCAGAAUGCCCAUGCAUCACGGCAGCAGCGAGGCAAGCUGUCAACCCUGGGCAAACUUUUCAAACCCUGGAAGUGGAGGAAGAAGAAGACCAGCGACAAGUUCCAGGAUCUUUCAAAAGUUCUAGAGAGAAAAAUCUCCACUAGACAAACAAGGGAGGAACUCAUCAAGAAAGGAGUUCUCAUCCCAGACCAAGAUGAACCAGUCAUCAGUGAAAAUCUGAAUGGCCAUGCCACAUCCAGUUUGACGCCAGAGGAAGUCAAAGUCGACAUUGAGUCUCAAGAAACACUGCGGGAGGAACAGGCCACUGGGCCGGUCAGAACUGAGGAGAAACCAGAAAGGUCUGAUACUAAACCUAACACCCGGGCAAAUCAGGUGCGACCUCGAGAGACUCAAGCUAAAAAACAGCCAAGCGCCACCCCGCCCGCAUCAUCCAAACCUGCCAGUGGCACCGCAGCCACGGCAAAGCACAAGGAUGGUGCCUCUGGGGCUAAAAAGACAACUAAAACCACUGUCAAGACUGGGUCAUCCACACAGGCUAAAGCUAACCCCCCACGGAACACUAACACGACUGGUCGUGGGACUGCCAAGUCCUCUCAUCCAAAGAAGACGGGAUGCACAACAAAAAGCACCACCGCCUCCACCUCCACACCUCGUUCUCGUGCAUCGAAGGACACUGGUUCUGCAGCACAGAAUGAAAGGACAGAUGCAAAGACCAACCGGAAAUCAGACACUCCGACUUCAUCGUCUGUACCUCAAAAAGCCUCUGCAGAGACUCUGAACCCACCUGGAGACUUAAAAUCUUCUGCCCUUUCCUCAGACACCAAACCUAUUUCAUCUAAAAUCUCAAGCAAUGACACAGGGGGAGCUCAGGGGGACUCUGUCCAAGAUCCUAAAUCUUCACCUGACGCAUCGCGUGCAGGUGAAAAUACCCAUAAAGGUGCGGUUCCUGGAACCACAAGCCAGUCUUCUCAUGUCAACACUGCUACAGAAAACACAUCAUUCGGAGAUGGAGAGGCACGCGGCAGCUCACAGAGCAAUAAACAGGAGAGGACAAAAGAGGAGGGAGGAGGAGGUGGAACGAAGAAAGGAGAAACAGAGAAUGUUGUUGAAAAUAGCCGGAGGUCAGCAGAGGAUGAAGCAGAAAAGCCGCAGCGACCCAGUGUAAAAACAGAGCAGGCCGAGGUGACCGUGAUACCCGAUAGGCCGAGAGACAGCCAAACUAGUGACUCUGAUUCUGACGGACCAAUCCUGUACCGGGAUGAGGAGGAAGAAGAGGAGGAGGAAGACGAGGACUCAAACAACUCUCUUGCCAGCAAGAUCCGCCGACGAGACACCUUGAACAUUAAACUGGGGAACCGGCCCAGCAAGAAAGAGCUGGAAGAGAAAAACAUUCUGCCACGGAGUUCAGAGACGGAGAGGCACGAGCUACGCCAGCAGAUAGGCAGCAAAUUAGUCAGACGUUUGAGCCAAAGACCAACCACAGAGGAGCUGGAGCAGAGAAACAUUCUCAAGCAAAAGAAUGAAGCAGAGGAGCAAGAAGCUAAGCAAGAGAUUAAAAGGAGGCUCACGAGAAAGCUGAGCGUGAGGCCAACGGUGGCAGAGCUUGUUGCUAGGAGGAUUCUUCGUUUUAAUGAAUAUGUGGAGGUAACGGACGCCAAGGAUUAUGACAGACGAGCUGACAAACCCUGGACACGGCUUACUCCUGCUGACAAGGCUGCUAUCCGUAAGGAGCUGAAUGAGUUUAAAAGCCGAGAGAUGGAGGUUCAUGAAGACAGCAAACAGUUCACCAGAUUUCAUCGGCCGUAAGUGUCCUCACUGCCCUGUCGACGUCAGCGCCACAAGCUCUCUGGUCCACAUCUCCCAGCAGGCUCAGCUCAGUCCACUUCACUCUGGAACUCAGUCGACCUUUUUCACAGCAGACGUUUUGACUUGUCGCAGCAGGAAAAGCGCAGGUGUACUUUACAACACUUAAACGUGACUGUGUUUCAUUCGGGUUAACCAGUUCCAAAACCUUGGAUGUGCGCUCAUACUUUAGAAGAGCGAUUGAUAGAAAGGUGACACUCUUAAUGAAAGUUGCUUCACCUGCAUUUUUCCUACUGAAGCACAUCAGAAUAUCUUAUGUAAAAAAGCUCUGUUGCCCCCGAUGAAACUUUAAGUCUAUAAUAACAUCUGUGUGUGUGCUUCAUGGCACCCAUAAAACAUUUGCACAUAUCCAAUGUCAGGAUAGUGGCGUGUAUUGUGCUCAGAUUAGAUUUAUUUAUUGUAGAGUAUCAGAACCAGCUGGUACACAAAAUAUUUUGUGUAUUUUCUUUUAGUAUGUUUUCGGUCAGCCCUGUAGUAGAGAAUGUGAGUGUACUGUAGAGUUUGUGUCCUUGCCAGGGUAUGCCUUGUCAGAAACUGACAAAUGGCCAAAUAUGGGCAACUUCCUAGGACAGGAAGUGGGGAUGAUUGGAUAGUUUCAUGCUGAUGUCAGUGCCUAUGUCACAGAUCACAGGAGAGGAGAGGCAGUUUCCUCUGCUCAGAUGUUCCCCUCAGAGAUAAAUCAGAAAUACUGCAGUUCAUUUUUUUAAAAACAAGCUUUAAGUUCUGCCACUAGAGGGCACUGUAUCCUAAGAGUUACAGAAGAGGAUGGCGCACGUAGCUGAAGAAUAACCGCAAGUGUUAUAUUUAAAACUGCUAAAGUUGAGGGAGCCACCUGAGGCUUUAAUAUUGAAGUGCACAACCCAUUCUGGCCACUUCUAAUCCCUCAGCACACUUUUCUGAUGAUACAUGAUGAUAACAUAUCAUCAUAUCAUCAUGUAUUCUCUGCUGGGUUAUGAACCUCUAAUCACAAAGUGCUAGACAAGCUGUUUAGAGGAUGUACUUAUUGUUUUCUUACUAGUUCCAUUACAGGCCUUUGGCUGGGGAGCUUUACUUGGCUCUUUAUUUGGUGCCAAAGAUAAAGCAGGAACCUGAUCGUAUGUAGGUGUUCUAAAUUGGAACGCUUACAGGUUUCAUUCUGUUGGGUGGACUACGUAGAGAACAGGCACUGAGAGGUUCAGCACUAGUAAUGAACUGCCCUCUUCUUUCAGAGAAUGAAAGAGUGCUUUAAUUUUCAUUUCCUUGAACAUGCUUUUGCAAUUUAGUCAAGUGACUUUAUUUUUAGAACACAUUUAAAAAGAAGAAAUGUUGACAUGAGUGCUUUGUGACUUUUGUGAUUAUAUCUUUACAUCUAGCCUUAACAUGCAUCUUGAAUCCAGCAAAAUUACCUAGUGUCAUUACAUGUUUUUUUUAACCAUGAAUCAGAUUUAUUUGAUGGAUUUGUUCCACUUUUUGGAAAGUUAAUCUCCAGCCAUGUUAAUUAUUUCAAUAAGAAAUUGUCAUUUUAGAUCAUUUUACAGUUUUGGUCAAUCAUUGGGAAAAUGUUUCAACUUUUAUGUGGUUGAAUAGAUGCCAUAUUUAACGGAGUCAAGAGGAUUUCCUUUGUUUAAAUGUGGAGCUAUGAAGCAUCUAGUGUGUGGAUUUGUGAUUUUUUAGCAAUCUGGCUCGGUUGGUUUGGUAACUAUUGGAUUUUGGGGGAUUUGUGGAUUUGCUGCCUUUAAGUGCACUGCCAGAUACUUGAGAUGCAUGUUUCGGAAAAAUGUAGAGGAUCCAUUAAAAGUGUUUUCUUUCUCCGAGAAUGCCAGAAUGUUUAUCUGAGCUUUAGUAAUAUUUUUGUCCCAUGCCUACUCGACAAGAGUGGAGAUGUUGGCUGUCGAGUGAUUGACAGAUAGAGCUUGCUGACCUCCAAAAGUCCGUGUUCUCAUAAUAGAGCCCCAACCUCCACAAACACUCGUCAUUCUUCCAAAUAGUAACUGAAAAGGGCAGAUUGAUUGUUUCCGCUUCUGAAUGUGCGGGGGUUGUAAAGUGAAAAGAUGUAUAGCAAUGAAAAAGAAGCAACAGUAUUCUUGUUGAUGUCUAAGUUGUUGUUCAUAUAUAUAUAUAUAUAUAUAUAUGUAUGUGUGUGUGUGUGUGUGUGUGUGUGUGUGUGUGUGUGUGUGUGUGUGUGUGUAUUGUACAGAAUGUAUAUCAAGCAUGUGCAUACAUUGAUAUGAAUUUUACUAACAAUAUAAUAUGAUACAACUUUGAUGUGAAUGUUUUAAAAUCAAAUUGCGUUGUUUUUUUGUAAUAUUUUUUUGAUACCAUCUCCAGACACUGAUAAAGAAGUGAUUACAGCUGACCUGAAAGUAGUGCUUUUUAAGCAAUUUAUCAAGCACAGUCUUUAAUAAUAACCUACCUAUUUCAUAUGUAGACAAAGAUAAUGAUCUCUGGGAAUAUCCGGUUUUGGAUUUAUUUCUACAAAUAUCCAUAGUUUUAAUCUGCACAAAAUAGAAAUCCUUUACAUAGUAAUAAUAAUAAUACUUGGUUUUAGAUAUUUAUAUAUAAAGAGAGAGAGUGUACUCUAUAUGUAGAGUUUACAUAUGCUAAUUAGUUUGGAAAUGAAAACUAGCAGCUGAAGAAAGGAAGUCAAUAUGAGUUUGAUCCCUUACAGUCUGCUUGGGAGCACAGGUGAACACGGUAGACACCGUCAGCCAAAGCUGCUGUAAAAUACCCAGGAAUUUUGAGCUUUUAUUACAGAUUAAAAGUCAUACAUCCAAUUGAGUUAGAGGCAAAUAGAUGUUUUGGGGUUUUUUUGGUUCAUAAACAUAUUUUACCUCUCACAUGAGAGACGUCUUUGGAGGUGGUCCUGAGAGUCUUUACUGCUUUCCAUUUAUCUCAGAAGCUGGAUGUCAGAGCUGGGAUUUGCAUCACUCCCAAGUUGAGCGUGUUCCAGUAGUAAAGUCGGAAAAAACGGGAUUUGUGAUCAACGCAUUCAUUCUGAGUUGGAAAUCCGACUUUAGCAGAAAUUCCAUUUUCCAACUUUAACUUGAACAUACUAUCUAACCUACCCUGUCAUCGCAGGUGUUGGUAGGGUAACAUGAGCCAAGAUGUGAAUCAAGAUGUGGUUCGUUGGGGUCACAAGUGUGUCAAGGUGUGAGUGGCCCAGCUGAACUUAAUAAAUUGCAUAAUGGGAGGGUGGGUCAACAACUCUCACGACUAUCUCCAAGGUGAUGACCUCGCUAGGGGCACACUGCUGCCCAUCCCACCAUGGUUAAGCAGCCUAACCCAUGUUAUUAACAAUUUACAGCCUGUAUACAGUCAAAUAAAAUUACAAUUAAACUGGUUAUUCAGCGUUAUCACUCAUUAUGUACCAGUUAGGAAAAGUUUUAAUUGUUAUCAAAAUAAAUUAAAAACUUGGAGUUUCUUAACAUUUACUCAAAGCUACAUUAUAGCGUGUUGUAUAUAAUUUUAGCAAUUUAUACACUCAUCAAUCACAUUACAACCUCCUGUCUAAUCAUGUGUAGGUCCUUCUGCUGCCAAAACAGGUCUGACUCAUCAGGGUAUUGACACAGGACCUUUUGGGAUGUCUUGUGUUGUCUGGCAUCAGAACAUUGGCAGCAAAUCCUUUAGAUCCUGUCGGUUGCAGGUUGGAGGUGCCUCGUUACAACACACCCCACAAAGGUCCAGUCGGGGUCUUGAGCUCUUUGUUGUGUUCCUGUAAUUGGUUUUUGUUGAGUUGCAGGGUGCAUUGUUCAGCUGGGAGAGGCUCCUGGCAAUGGUGGGUUGUGAAGGCCAGAGUCCAAUAUUUCCCAGCAGUACACUGAAUUAUAACAAGAUGAUCAGUAUUAUUCGCUUCACCUGUUAGCAGUUUUUAAUGUUGUGGCUGAUAGGUGUACAUAUCAGUGCUAAAUAUGGAGGUUAAAAUGAAGCAUUACCAAAUGAGAAUAUUUAGAAACCUUCUCCAGGCAAAAGCUUAGUGUUAUCGCUUUUAGAACGGCUUUUUAAUAUUGAAACCGCUUACACCGAAAUACUUGUAUGGAAUAUCAACAGCAUUUAUAUCGUGCAUAAAUCCAUAUUUCUAUCCGAAAUCAGGAAUGUGGGUGUUAAGCUAUAACCACUUAAUUCAUCAGGAUUCAGAACGAAUCGUCUAAAAACGUUGAUGUGUUGAUGUGUUUCAUCUCAUCUGUACGGCAGCUGUAAAAUAAACAGUCCCGUUACCCAAAGAAGCUGAAAGCCUACCCCACAUUUCCCAGUGUUAAUAGUGAUAGUGGAAAACGUAAUAAUAUUUAGACUGCAUUUCAGAAGGUAUUUCUCUAUUUCUCUUGACAGCCAUAGUGGCACUUGUUUUUCCUGAGCUGCUACUGUUCAUUUGUAAUGCUGUCUGCUUCCCCCAGUUCAUAAAAAUGUUUACAUUGAGAAUGUCUCCUGCUGGUGGUGCUUGAAGCUUCCUUUACUGCUUCCCGAAUGUAAAUCUAUACUUCAGACUGGAGCCACAAUCAGACUGCAGUCAAAACCCCCCUUUUUUUUCUUGAACAUGUAAUCUUUUCUUGACCAUGUGAAAAUGAAUUGUAAUUUGCUGCAGUUUAGCAAAUCAUGCUAUAAAUCCUAUAUACAGUAAUGCAUAAACUGUCAGAGUAAUGGAUUUACUUUGUGCUCAGAGCAGCAAAGGCUGAGGAGAGGAUAUUUCACAUGAGCUCCAACCACCUUUACUCUAUGUUUGACAUUAACAAUUCAUCUUUGAAGUUGUAUUACAAUGUUAUAUAUCUCAAAACAGCUACUGUUGUGUCCAAACUGUGUAUAGUGAUUUUGUAUAUAAAGAGUUAAACAAAAA